AUGAAUACAAAACAGACGACCAGCUUACUGGCUGGCGCUGAUAUUGACAGCCCCUCAGUGAACACAGCCGUUGAGUCUUCCCUCUUUCAAGAAUCAGAAGACAUAGAAAAUACAAAGACAGGUCUUUAUUCCACCUUAGUUGUUUGUUCGGCUGCUGUGGGUGGUUUUAUGUUUGGGUAUGAUACAGCAUGUAUCUCCAGUAUUUUAAUCUUUUUGGACCAAUCACAAUUUACUCUCACUUCAAAAGAGAAAGAAAUUAUAACAGGCAUCACGUCAAUAGGCUCAUUUUUUGGAGCUAUUGGUGCAGCUGUAUUUUCUACAAUGAUUGGAAGAAAACUGAUCAUCACAUUAUGUUGUAUUUUGUUUGCAUUAUCAGCAGUGGAGCUAGGACUUAGCAAUACUGUGCCACUUUUAAUCAUUGGUAGGUUUGUUGUUGGGCUAGCUGUGGGUGCAGCUUCUAUGAUAGUUCCCGUUUAUAUAUCUGAAGUUUCACCAUCCAAGAAAAGAGGUCGCCUGUUAACGUUGAACUCUGUGUCGACAACUGGUGGUCAAUUCAUUGCAAAUUUAAUUGCGUAUGGCAUAAGAAAUACUAAAAACAACUGGAGGUGGAUGUUUGUUGCAAGUGGAAUCCCACCAUUGUUGUUCCUAUGUGUGGUGAAAUUUAUUCCAGAAUCUCCAAGGUAUUUGUUACUCCAUAAUGAUUUUAUUAAGGCUCACAUGGGACUGUCUAUGCUAUACCCCAAUGCAACAAAACAACAAAUAUUAGAUAAAAUCGAGUCGAUACAACACGAUAUCAAAUCAAAUGAGGUACAAAUGAAAAAACCCGUGCAUGAAAGAUUAUUUGGCUCACCAAUAGUGAUAAGGGCUUUAACAGUUGGAUGUGUAUUGAUGUUCUUCCAACAAGCGGUCGGAUUCAAUUCAUUUAUGUAUUAUGGAGCCACAAUUUUCAAGAUAGUUGGUGUUGGAGACCCAUUGAUUGUUUCAAUUUUGAUUAGUGGUACCAAUUUCUUGUUCACUUUCGUUGCUCUAAAGUUCAUUGAUAAAGUUGGUAGACGGAAAAUGUUAUUAUCAACGGUUUGGAUAAUGGGCCUGGGGCUGUUCUUUGCAGCAUUUGGGUUUUAUAAAGCUCAACUACCAACAGACAAAAAUAUUGAAUCCACCUCACUGAACUUUUACUCCAUCCUUCUUGUGGUUUCUGUCCUAGUUUACGUUGGAAGUUAUGCCUCAGCAUUAGGAACUGUACCAUGGAGUUCCGUUGAGUUUUUAUCGCUCGAGGCUAGAGCUCCAGGAGCUGCUAUGAUAGCAUGUACAGGAUGGAUUACAAACUCUAUAGUCUCUGUUACUUUCUUAUCGUUGAUGAAUACGCUUUUGCCCUCGGGGGUUUGUAUUAUGUUUGCAUCGGUUUGUUUCGUUGCCUGGGGAUGUAUAUACGGUUGGUACCCCGAAGUUGCAGGAUUAUCAUUGGAAGAGAUCAGGGAAGUUUUCAGAAAUGGUAUUGAUAUCCAUUAUGUGAAGAGAAGGAGAGACUCUGAGUUGACAGCGAAUACGCAAAUAUGA